UCCCGUGUUAUGCGCGCGGCAAAUGCAGACGACGAAACAUCGCUCCAGCGGCCACUAAAAUGGGAAACGCAACGUACGAGGACAUCAUACACUGCGUGGAUGGGUUGAUUAUACCAUGCUGGUACCCCUUGAACAACGUCGCCAUCACCAUGAAGGUGCUGCGAGGUUCCGUGUACUUCCUCAUCCUCGCCUAUCUGUUCAUCGGUGUUUCCAUCAUCUCCGACAGAUUCAUGUCAUCAAUUGAAGUCAUAACAUCUCAAGAAAAGGAAGUUAACGUACGCAAAUCAAACGGGGAUACUCAAAUUGUGGUUGUACGAAUAUGGAACGAAACUGUGGCGAAUCUCACUCUGAUGGCUUUAGGUUCAAGUGCUCCAGAAAUCCUCUUAUCAGUAAUCGAAAUCUACGCCAAAAACUUUGAAGCCGGCGAUCUAGGGCCUGGUACAAUUGUCGGAUCUGCAGCCUAUAACCUUCUAGUUAUCAUAGCUAUAUGCAUAUCUGUAAUACCCAAAGGGGAAGUUCGUAGAAUUAAACAUCUGGGUGUUUUCUUUGUUACAGCAACGUGGUCUAUAUUCGCCUAUGUCUGGUUGUACAUGAUCCUCGCUUACAUCUCACCUGGGGAAGUGGAAAUAUGGGAAGCCACCUUAACAUUUUUCUUCUUCCCUUUAACUGUCCUUACAGCUUACAUGGCAGAUAGAAAGAUGUAUAAAUACAUCCAGAAAGAUUACAGAAUGAAUCGCCAUGGUGUCAUUGUACAAGGUGAAGGUGAUAACCUCGAAUUAGGCAACACUGAACUAAAUCUUGAUGACUCUCACGAAGAGAUAAAACAUGAAUACAUCACAACUCUUAAGGAUUUAAAACAGCAACACCCUGCAACAGACUUAGCAACAUUGGAACGCAUGGCCCAUGAGAUGUUGUUAAACAAAGGUCCAAAAUCCAGAGCGUUCUACAGGAUUCAAGCUACGAGGAAGUUAAUGGGGAGUGGUGAUUUACUACGUAGAAUUUCUGAAAGAGCUCAAAGCGAUUUGAGUGAAGUCAAAGCUGAGCUACUAAGAGAAUCUGGAAAUGCUGAAUAUAAUCAAAGUUCUUGCAGGGUAUACUUUGAACCUUGCAAAUAUACGGUUUUAGAGUCUUGUGGUCGGUUCGAAAUACGAGUUAUCAGACAAGGCGAUAUAGAUGCUGCGGUAACCAUAGAUUAUACCACAGAAGAUGGAACAGCUACAUCAGGUAGUGAUUAUGUGGAAGCUAAAGGAUCUUUAACGUUCAACCCAGGCGACAAAGAAAAAAAAUUGACCCUGGAAGUCAUAGAUGAUGAAGUUUUUGAACCAGAUGAACACUUUUUCGUAAGGCUCAGCUCGAGCACCCCAUCGGGGUGCCUGGUAUCGCCCACCACAGCCACUGUGAUUAUUUUGGAUGACGAUCAUGGCGGGUUGUUUAAGUUCGAAGCUCAGAAUCAUGAGAUCGUUGAAAGUGUCGGGACGUAUGAUUUGAAAGUGGUCCGGUGUUCUGGUGCUAGGGGAAGAGUUAUUUUGCCGUAUUGGACUGAAGAUGGCACUGCCAAAGCCCCUAAGGAGUACGAGAUCAACGAGGGAGAGCUAGUGUUUGAAAACAAUGAAUCAGAAAAAACAAUUUCCCUUACAAUAACCGAGGAGGACAGCUACGAAAAAGACGUCCUUUUUUACGUUCAACUCGGGGAACCCCAGAUGUCGGGUGACGAGGUAGCAAGUUUAGCAGCCGAGGCAGAAAAGAAAAACCCAGAAGACAGAACGGAAAGAGAAAAAAUAGCCAUACUUGGUAAGCCUAGGCUGGGCGAUACCAUCAGAGCCCAGAUUCGUAUAAAAGAAAGCAAAGAAUUUAAGAACACCGUUGACAAGCUGGUGCAAAGAGCAAACGCCUCUCUGCUUAUCGGUACUUCAUCGUGGAAAGAACAAUUCGUGGAAGCCAUGACUGUAAGUCCUAGUGAUGAUGACGCCAACAAAAAGGAACCAUCUAGUCUGGACUAUAUUAUGCACGUGCUGACCGUUUUUUGGAAAAUUUUAUUUGCAUUUGUACCUCCCACAGAUAUUUUCAAAGGAUAUCUUUGCUUCGUGGUGUCCAUAUUUUGUAUAGGACUCGUAACAGCUGUAAUAGGAGAUGUGGCGUCUCAUUUUGGUGCAACACUCGGUAUAAAAGACUCCGUGACUGCCAUAGUGUUCGUCGCCUUAGGGACAAGUAUACCAGACACAUUUGCCAGCAAAGUGGCCGCCAUUCACGAUAAGCACGCGGACGCCAGCAUCGGCAACGUGACCGGCAGCAACGCUGUAAACGUCUUCCUGGGCAUCGGCGUCGCGUGGUCGAUAGCCGCUGUCUACCAUUGGGCAAAAGGAAAUGUCUUCCGUGUCGAUCCCGGCAAUUUGGCCUUUUCUGUGACAAACUUCUGCAGCGCAGCCGUGAUAACAAUAAUCGUCCUGGUACUGCGCAGAUCGAAGAUGGUAGGGGGUGAACUGGGCGGUCCGGUGUGCCUCAAGUAUUGCACGUCAGCUUUCCUUUUCACGCUGUGGAUCAUUUACUUAGUUUUGUCCACGUUGGAGGUGUACGAUGUCAUCGAAGGCUACUAGAAACCCACGAAAAAAAGUGGUCGUUGAGUAAAUUUUUUAUAUACUUUCGGUAGUGUGAUAUUGUUAAAGUAUUAUUUGUUGGUUAUGUUUUAAACAAGCUGGUCCGAAAUAAAAUGCAAGGUUGGCUUAUAUAAGAUCCAAGAACACUAUACCUUAUAUUAUAUUAGUGAGAUGUAAUGAGUCAUUACUAAUGACAAUUGGUCAUUGAUUUUAUUCUGAAAAAUCAAACAAAAAAAGUACCUACAAAUAUUGGUUUUUAUAUGAAUCAGUGGCGACUCAUAAAUCUAAGAAGGUAGUGCCAGAAUGGUGCAAAAUCAAAAGUUUCUUCAAUAGCUUAAUUAAAUUUACGACAGCGCGUUUUUGGUCCACUUUUACUUUGUUUUUGGAUUUAAAAAUCGGGUAUAGGACUAAUACGUAGUUUUUUUGAGCGAAAAACUACCAAAACAGUUUUUUAAGAUGAUAAUUUUAUUCACUGUCACAUACUUAUAGUUUAUAAUUAAAAAUUUGCCAACAUACAACCAUUUAUCUAAUUACGCAAUGUUAUACACAAAGUAAACGUAAAGAAAGUCAAAUCAAACGACUGAACUAUCAUAUCGUAUACGAUAUCCCUACAAAAUCUCUCUUUUCAUUAGUGCCUGCGGAAUUCGCACGGUUGCCAAACCUUACAUAACUGAAUAUAAAAAGAAAUUCAUAAAAUUCAAUAUUAUUAAGAUGUUUUUAAAAUAAAACAUAUUUUCUUGGAGGUGGCAUGGCUCCGUAGCAUUAACUUACGAAUCGCCACUGAUAUGAAUGCAUUUUAUUUUGGGACACCCUGUACUUACUUAGGUUUAAGACCGAUUUUAAAAUUAAGGUUAUCAUAUUGUUAUUGAUUUAGUCAUCUGAUAUUAACUAAAUACAAAAUAUUAUAAUAUCAAAUUGCUGUUGAAUGUCAAAAAAAAACUAAGUGUUUAUUAAAAUAAUUUAUGUUAAUAAAAAGACUAAAAUAACAAUGAAAAAAAAAUGCCAGUGUUCAAAAUGAUUUAGAAAUACCUAAUAUUGAUAAUGAUGUUGUUUAUGAAAUAAUUUUAAUUAUUGUUAACAUAAUGUUGGCCCUUCUCCCUUUUACUUUAAGAAACCAUACCACUGUAUAGUUGUAUGGCAUACUUUACAUAAAUGAAUCAUGUUCUGGCACGUGUAUGGGCUACUUUACUUAAGAAAGUCUUAAAACUCUCGUUUUUUUGUUUAAAUUAAAUAGCAUAAUCAUAUAUGAUACGAUAUUAAAAGUAGACAAAACAUGUAAUGUCAAAAUGGGAAUUCAAAAAAAAUUAAGUCUGAAGCAUGGAACCACUAUAUCUGAAGUGUACUGUAGGCAAUUGUUUAUUUAACAAAAUUUACAAACAGAAUACGAAUUUAAUUAAGAUUAUAAUUGGUAGUAAAAAUGUGUAGUGUUGAAAUAAUUUAGGUAUUUCGAGAAAAGGGUCUUAAAACUCGAAUUUAGUUUAAAAUCUAGAAAAACAUUUUUCUUAGGGCCAUUUUAUCAAUCUCUGGUUAAGUUCCAGUUAGUCUAUCUCACAGUUACAUUCUUUAUCGAUCGUUGUGAGAACAAUGGUAUCCAUGGAAAUUAUCUGUCAGUUAACUAACUGCAAAUUUAACUGGACAUUGAUAAACCGGCCCUUAAGAAUCUUUUUGCACAAGGUAAACUUGAUCCUCGGGGUGUUAAUCAGUGGCGGCUGGUGGAUUUUGGGUAUGCCAAUAUUUCAGUUAUUAGACAUGGGACCCACACCAAAUUUAUAAUAGUUUAAAUGACAUUAAAU